AGAGGCUGUGAGCGGAGCACCACGCCAGUCCGCCUCCCUAUAUGCAUGUAGCCAAACCUGUCUGUGUGUCUGUGCGUUUUGUUCAGCCAUGUCCCUGCUCAAAAUCAUUUUAAGACUUCUGGUGUUCGCCGGAGUCACCGUCCUGACCGUGCUGUUGUUGCGGUAUUGGUUGGCCAGCAAGCAGUAUGUGUUCAACAAAGAAGACGUCGCCAAAUUGGCCAAACAGUAUGCAGGACAGGACCAUGAGCAGGCUUUCUCCAAAGUGGUGGUGGAGCUGAGAAAAAGGUAUCCUGGACACAUCCUCCCUGAUGAGGACUUGCAGUGGGUGUUUGUGAAUGCUGGAGGCUGGAUGGGCUCCAUGUGUGUCCUCCAUGCCUCUCUCACAGAGUACUUGAUACUGUUUGGCACUGCGGUGGACACUGGAGGACACUCAGGUCGUUAUUGGGCUGAGAUUUCUGAUACCAUCAUUUCUGGAACCUUCAGACAGUGGAAAGAGGGGACAACCAAGAGUGAAAUAUACUAUCCUGGUGACACUAUUGUGCAUGCUGUAGGAGAGGCUACGUCAGUCCAGUGGAGUGCCGGGACUUGGAUGGUGGAGUAUGGCAGAGGAUUCAUCCCUUCCACGCUGGGCUUUGCUUUAGCAGACACCUUUUUCAGCACCCAGGACUUCCUCACAAUGUACUACACUUUUAAUGCCUACAUGAAGGGUUUGCUACUUGAGGCUGGUACACUACUUACAGAAGCUGGAGUUUUCUAAGGCAAAAUAGAGUCCUAGAUGAUUGCACAUGGACAUUACCAUCAAAUCUUGUGCUGUGACAUUUUCUUCCCAACCACUAAAAUCUGGUAGAGGAGAGACUUGCUGAUAAUUCAGAGUGCUGACAUUUAAUAUUUUUAUAUGAAAUUGUAGACAAUCCAAAUUUACAUUGGUACAGUUGAUCAUCUUCAUUGACUCUCUUGACCCUCAUAAAGGCUAUGCAAAAGAAAAUGUCUUACUCCAUUUCACCGUAACAUUUGGCAUGAGAUUUCAAACUGAGCCAAAUCACCCAAACAAACAUUGCAUUCUGAAUGGCAGCCUUCCUUACUUUACCUCGAUUUUAACAGUGAAACUAAGCAUCAGGUCAUUAAACAUUCCACUGAGAGCUCAGACUGCCUCCAGAGUCAGAAUGACUAAUAAAAGGAAAGAAAAUCCAUAUUAUUAGGAUCCAAUUUAAAGAUGAAAGCCUUAAAGCUUAUUUUGCCAAAUUUAUCAUUCUUUUGAUAAAAAUAAGGCAAUAUAUGCAACCAGGUUUGGUUGUGUUUACUUCUUCAUAACCAAUGAUUUUUACAAAUAAAUACUGAUAUUCAAAGUGGUUUUUUUGCAGGCCAAGGAAAAUCUUUCAAAACAAAUAUGCAAUGUUUAAUCUGGAUUGUAAAACCUACAGUAAUGUAUAUAAUGCACAGCUAAAGUCACUAUUUUCUUAUUAGAUGCCAAUUUCCACUUUGUGCAGAUUCUCUGCAGAUGAGGUCUAUUGUAAAUGUAGCUGCAUUAGGAUUCGGGCUCUCUAAGCUACUCUCGGUGAGAAGAUGCAAAAAAGAGAAAUUCUGUUCUUUGCUUUUAAAGCUUCUCUUGGCAUUGGCCACCAUUUACCGAUUCAAAGCUCACCUUUUGUGUACCGUGUGUCUUUUGAAGGUGUUAAAAACCUGGGAGGAUAUGCUAAUGAAAGCUCUCGUCUUGUCAGCUGUGCGAACCUUGGUGGUUUUAUUUUUAUGUUAACCUGUCUCUGCUGGAGCUCAUCUUCAGAGCUACAUCAUUGUGGCAACCACCAAAUUUUCUGACUAGAUGUGUGUGGUUUUGACUUUUUUUUCUUUUUUCUUUUUUUUUUUAUCUCAGAACUGUGGAGGUUAAGGUGGAAAACUGAAAUCCUUUCAAACAAUAAAGCAAAACAUUUACAUCA